AUGCCUCGCGACGACAUUGAAUCUUCAGACGCCUCAAGCACCUCAUCCAUCGAUGAGUUGUUGCGCGAAGAUAGCGAAGGUUGGGAAGAUGCUGAGCCCGAAGAGAACGAAGAAAUUCACGUCAAGGACUUUUUCAGCGACAAGACAUUUCCCAGUGCUGCUGAAAUGAUCAAGUAUGCUGCCGAACAACACAACUUUGAUUUCUUGAAGAUUACAAAAGACUUUGGCCUUGACUUCUUUGGUGCUAUCAAGCUUGUCAACUAUAUCCGCGCCGAAGCCAAGAAUGGCAACUCAAAACCUGAUGUUUCUUCAAAAUCGCUGUUCGAGGAUGACAAGUACAUGCAACCUGUUCUUGAAGACGAUGCUCUGCUUUUCUCCCUGGAUGAUGUUCUAGACUCAGAAGACGCCGCUGGUCAGGAUCUCCCCAUCGGCACUUCAAGCGACAAGACCGCUCAGCUCGAGGCUGAACUGGCCCGUCUGCGCAACCAAUUUGCAGAGUACAAGUUGACCGUAGAAAAGACUCUGGAUGAUCGCUGGAACGAGCCUGCCAAAGAUGGCGAGGCUGGUUCAAGCAAGACCAAGGACGAGAACCACCAAGAUCCUGGAUACUUUGACUCGUACUCAUACAACGACAUCCACCAGACUAUGCUUCAAGACACCGUCCGCACAGACGCUUACAGAGACUUCAUCUACGCUAACAAGCACCUUUUUGCUGGCAAGACUGUGCUGGACGUUGGUUGUGGUACUGGUAUUCUUUCUCUUUUCUGCGCCAAGGCUGGUGCUGCUCGUGUCAUCGCUGUCGACAACUCGGAGAUCAUCAACAAAGCUCGUGCCAACAUUGCUAUGAAUGGCCAAUCAAAGGUCAUCACCUGCGUCAGAGGCAAGAUUGAGGAAAUCCAGCUUCCUGAUGGCAUUGAGAAGGUCGAUAUUAUUGUCAGCGAGUGGAUGGGCUACUGUCUGUUGUACGAGGCUAUGCUUGACUCUGUUCUCUACGCCAGAGACAGAUAUCUCAAGCCCGAUGGUUUGAUGGUGCCCAGUCACUGCACCAUGCACCUCGCUCCCCUCGCCGACCAGGACUGGAUCUCAGACAACAUCACCUUCUGGAGAGACGUCUACGGUUUCGACAUGACCGCCAUGAUGGAGAAGAUCUACGAAGACACAUUGGUCCGCUACCCAAACAAAGACACCAUCGUCGGUAGAUCAACAGACGAGCUCCCCUUCAAGGUCCUCGAUCUCCACACCGUCACAGUCGCUGAUCUCGACUUUACUUCCGAUGUCAAAUUCACCCUCAACAAGGACAUUGACAACCUCGACGGCUUCUGCACCUGGUUCGAUACCCUCUUCUUGCAAUCUCGCAAGGACGAAAUUCCUGCUGGUAUGCUUCGCGGCAUCAAGCCUCCCAAAUCUGACGAGGACAAGACUGUCUUCUUCACCACUAGUCCCUUUGGCCCUGAGACCCACUGGCGCUGCGGUGUCUUGAUGAUCGACGCUACCGAGAAGGACGAGCAGGCUCUGAAGCAAGGUACCGUUAUUGAAGGCAAGGUCACUUUCAAGAAAGACAAGGAUGCCAAGCGUAACCUGAACAUCUCUGUGAACUGGGAGAUCAAGGGCACCGAGGCCAAGGACAAGCAGCUUUGGUACAUGCGGUAG